AUGAAUGAGGAGUAUGAGGGGAGGUUUCCGGGGUUGAGAUUUGUAACAUUCGUCAACGGUCGCAGUCGCGAGGUGAUCAUGGAGGAAAUGCGCCAGCGGAUUGACCGUGGGGAUGCCGAUCGCGAGGUUACAGAGACUAUCCAGGCUAUGUGCGACAUUGCGAAAGACCGAGCGCGCAAGCUGCAGUCUUGA